AUGAUCAUUUCCAGAGUCGGACGUGGAUUUGGUACAUUCCCAGACGUUUCGACGGCAUCGUCAGUGAGUCUUGCCAUUCUCAGCGCUAAACUAAAACUGGCCAGAGUGACAAGUGGAAUCAACCAACCUUUGGCCAAAACGGUUGAGCUCUCACUCCUCUUCCUGUCCUGGUCCCACUGUCUGUUCCACACCCUCUUAUCUCGUCUUCGUCCUAUCACAACGCCUGAUUUGCUUAUAUUCACUCCUCAAAAGGUGUGCUCUUUUGACGAAUUCAUCGUAGCGUCUUCACACCUUCUGAUUGCCUCCCCACUCCCUUUCGUGCGGCUGAUCCGACUCUGGCCUCCUAUCCUGAUCUCCCUCAUGGUCUGGAAGAUCCGUUUCUUCUCUUUUUGGUUGACCGAUUUCACUCGGUUCCAAGGCUUCAGUAGCAUGUACAAUGUCGCCUCACUUGCAGACCGCCUAUGCUCUGAUUUCCAUGCUAGCGGAUAUUAG